GUUAAUUGGAAACACUUUGGAAUACAUUAUUCCAGAUAACUUUGAUAACUUAAUUUUUAAAAAGACACGCGCAUUUCAAUUACCGAAAUAGUUUGCAUCGCAACGUUGUUUAAAUUUCUUUUUUAUUUGUUAACGUUGAACAUUGGCAAAUAGGAAAUUUCAACUAAAUUUCUUUUUAACCGAUAAUAUAGUAUGUGAAUAUCAUAAAUAAAAUAUAAAUGCGAUUGCACAUUUAAUCCGAAAGUAGCCAUUUUUAAGUGCGAAGGCACUUGUGGGGCACUUGUACGCGUCGUGUGUCAGUGUUCUUUUAUCGACAUGCAAGUUACUUUUGUACGACUCAUGAAAUUUGUUGAAAAAAGAACAAUAUUUCCUUCCUCUCGUUUCUAAAGAUACAUCUGCACGAAACGGCUUUCCGCAGUUUCCAAUAAUAUACAGUAUGUAAAAUCAUAUGUACGGAAGAUCAUUUGGGAUCAAGCGCUCAAAUGCUUUGGUAUAAAGCGGAUUUUCACAGGAUUAAUAAAAAUACAGAUUCGAAUGUAAAUGACCGUAUCCUCUUGUUCUCGGACCUGAAAUAUUGGCAUUUGAUUUAGAUCGAUGUCGAGUAGUUUGUUAUGUUUUCUCGAACUCUGACAACGAGAACGGAUCUAACCUCGCAAUUCAGGUUCGCGUCUGGAAGAUUGAGGAUUGGAAGAAAUUGUACGUGAUAUACAAGUUUGUCAAGAAAACAGGAAGAAUAAUUUAAAAUUGAGUCUCGAGAGCGAGUAAUCUUUUUACACCUCACGACGUCAUAUGACCACAUAUACCCGUGGGAGGUCUAGUACGUCCAGUUUUCGUUCUUUUGACGAAACUAACCUCAAAAACCACUCUGCGUUUGUGAAAAUUUAAUUGUGAUUUCCCGUAUUCUCCAUAUGGUGAUUGCUUUAGUUGGCAACUCGAAGAACUUCUCAUCGUAAAAUCUUGCUUCUAAUUCCGACUCGACACAAUGGCACCGCAAUUGCAGAUUUUGUCAAAUAUUCUGCAGCGACUAGAAAAUGAGGAAACUACAAUGACUGGUUAUCUUUAUGGCAUUAUGUACAAUGAGACACUCAUAGUUUUAACAUUCAGUAUAAAUUCAUGUAAUGACAAAGAUAAGAAUAUGAUAGAUUAUACAGAACUACAGUUGAAUUUACCUGCAGAUAUAUAUACAUGUGGCAUAUUACAUAUUGAAUGUGAAGAAAUAAAUCCUGAUGUUUUCAAGGAUAUUGAUAUUACAGAUAAUCCAUUACUUUUAAAAUAUUCACGUAAUACAUCAGAUAUACAAGCAUACUUUUAUGUCCAUCAAAAAUUGGAAGCUGUAAAUAAUUUCAGUAUUAUUAGCGAAGAUGACCUUUCUCGCCAGUUUGUGUACAUUAGAUUACAAGCAACUCUGCCGUUAGUUGCUCAGGAUGGAAAUGUGUUGGAAGCUUUACAAGAAUCACGAAAAAAUAUUGCAUCUGGGAAGAUAGGAAUACAUUUCCCUUUAAACAAUGCAUACCUCUUUAGAACUGAUGACAAUGUGAAAGAUGUAAUGUUAAAAGAUAUUUUGCCUAUAUCCAAAAAUCAAGAAAAACUUUCAACUGGAUCAAGUAAUGUAAAUUAUAAUAUUGGGCCUGUGGACAUUAUACAUGCAAACAUGCUAUUAAAAAUAUCAAACGAAAGAAAUUCUGAAGAAUCUAUGAGAUGUGCUCCUGUCUUACAACACAUUAAAAAAUCCUUUGACAGUUUAGAAUGUAAUUUACAAAUCGAUGCAUUAUCACUUGUAAAUUUGAAUGUGAAAUCAACUGAAUUGCAUGCGAUUCUAGUAGAAUCCACUUGCCGAAACAUCAGAUUGAUUGAAAUGCAACAAGAAAAUCAUUCUGAAGAUACAAAACUGCUUAUAAAAUUGCCUGAAGUCAUGCAUUUUAAACCUCAAGGCUGUGGACAUUUAAUUACAGUAGUGUAUCCUAGCAAUUCUACUAACGAUAGCACAAUGGAAUAUCGUAAAGCUUUACACAAGGCUUUAGCAUUAGAUUUGACUAGACCAUAUUUUCGUCGAGGAAAUGCCGUCAACUUUAAUACACAGACAAAUGGAAUACUUGUAAAUCCUCAUCAAGCUCUUUUAUAUAAAGGUGUUGUGGGAAAACUCAGUAUUGUGGAUGGUUUAUAUUCUUAUCAUCAUUAUAUGCAAGAUAAUUUUGAUGAUAAUGGAUGGGGAUGUGCCUACAGAUCUCUACAAACCAUCAUUUCAUGGUACAGAUUACAAGGUUAUAGUGACAUACCAAUACCAUCUCAUCGUAAAAUACAACAAUGUUUAGUCGAUAUAGGCGAUAAAUCUUUCACAUUCCUUGGCAGUAAACAAUGGAUUGGCUCAACCGAAGUUAGUUUUGUAUUGCAGACUCUUCUCAAUAUAGAUGUAAAAAUACUUCGUGCAUCUAGCGGGGAAGACAUGCUGGCCCUAAUCCCACAACUUGCAAAUCAUUUUGAUACACAAGGUACACCUGUUAUGAUUGGUGGAGGAGUACUAGCUCAUACAAUUCUAGGAGUUAGUUACGACGAAAAUUCUGGAGAAGGAAAGUUCUUAAUUCUAGAUCCUCACUAUACAGGAACAGAACACUUGCCUACCAUAAUAAAUAAGGGAUGGUGUGGAUGGAAAGCGAAAGACUUUUGGAAAAAGGAUGCAUUUUAUAACAUGUGCCUUCCACAAAGACCUAUAGCCUUCUGAUAUUAAAUCAACCGCAUUGUACAAAAUUUAAUUUUCUAAAUAAUCAAUUCUCUACAUUCACAUUACAUUAUGCACAUAUGUAUAGACUAAUUUUUGCAAUGUAGGUAUUGCUCCACUGCAAUUUGUAACAUUUUCUUUUAUUUGUGCAAUACAUUUAACAGUGGAAUAAAAACAAUGAAUACAUAUAUGUACUUUUAUCUCUAAAUAUAAAAAUAAAUUUAUUAAGAUAUAUAAUUCUUACAUAAUAAAA